CGCCUGGAGUACGCUUUGUUUUUGGCGCUUAGUUUAGAGAGGGAAACCCGCAGACGGAAGAAAUCCGUGUAGAGGCGAGGGCGAGUUCAGCUUCGGCUGGAGAGCAGUGAAACUGGUAUCAGAGAAAUGAAUAACAACAUUCUUCAGGUUUAUGAAGAUGAAAUCCAGUCUUUGGAAAAUGAAAUUAAAAUGUUAACAGAAGAGUAUGAAUGCAAUCAGCAUGGGUCUAUGGCUUAUUCUAAUGGGAAGACAACGAAGGCCAUGAAAUCAAUUAAAAAAAAAUUCCAAGAAGACCCCAAGCAAUAUUAUUCUUCUCCCAACCUGAAAACUCAGCUUGCAUUACUAGAGUCUGACUUCUCGUUCCUGAUGAAAUUUACAGGUGUCUGGUUCAAAAAUUAUUCUAGGAAACAACUGGAGAAAAGUGGAAUAAAAACUGUAUACAAAUAUAGGCUAUCAGGAAAUUGCCAGUCAGUGCCCUUUCAGCUGGAGUUCCAGCUCACAGAGGAAAAUCAGAGUGACAAAAAUGGUUAUGCUGUGGUUACUGACCUUAACAUUAUAAUAGAAUCUGAGGAGUCUUCUGAUUUAAGCAAGUUUGUAUCCAGAGCUGAAGAGAGUGGAAAUCUUUUGCUGUUUUUCAAAAGCCUCUCCUGUUUUUCUGAGUGGUGUGAACAUCGGAAAUACACUUUAGCCCAUUUCAAGAACAAGUAUCCUGACGUUGUAGCACUACCUGAAGGAUUAUCUGGAGACUGCUUGAUUUUAAAGAACUUUGAACUUUCUGGAUUUGAGCUAAUGAUUGUUUGGAAGAUAUAUGUAGACAAAGAUGGAAAAGUUGUACCAGUUCUGGAUCUCCUGAAUAAGAUACCACUGCCAGUUCUGGAAAAUAAGAAGUUUGCAUCCGCUAUGCCACACUGGUUCAGAAGCCUGCUGCAUGUGCUUGGGAUAGAAGCUUCCAUUGAAGCAGUGAUCAAGUCACUUUGCAGGGGUAAAUGAAUACUAAGAUAA